AUGAUGUUUCCCGGAGAGACAGAGUGGGGAGAUGGGCUCGGCGGCGUUCUCUUCGGUGCGCCGGCACAGAACAAGGGCCAAGAGGAAGAAAGGGCGACUGGAGCUGAAGCCGCCGGACUUCCCGAUUCCCGACCAUGGUGGUGGAACCCAAAGGAAGCGCGCUACACCUUGCAGUUCAAGGUGGAUGCCGUGAGGUACUCGCGGAGAAAGCUCAAGGGGGCGCAAGGACCGGGCGGGACUGUUGGCGUAACAUACGCCAGCAGGAUCCUCAAGAUCCCCGACAAGGCCACGUUGGCGGCGUGGGUCAAGGACGUCGACAAGUACGAAGCCGCGCUUGCGGAGGAGACCAAGUACUCGCGAGUGAAGGGCAGGAAGAAAGCCAAGCACCGCAUGUCGCUGAACGUCGGACGGACUAGGACGCACACGGACGCCGAACGCGAGGUCGUGGACUGGAUCAAUGAUCUGCGUUCUGACGGCAUCUCCGCACGUGUCUCGACGAGGAUGAUCAAGAACUAGGCCACGGAACUCAACCCGAACUUCUUCGGGGAGAGGCCGCCGACGUCCGACAUCGAGGGCAACUUGCGGUACACCCGCAAGAAGACCGCGUGGUGCAGAAGGUUUCUCAGGGUCUACCGCUUUUCUGUGCGAGCC